CUUUUGUACACGUCAACCACCAGAAAGAACCCACGGCAUUGCCCUCAAACCAUAGCAAUAGUGCUUGCCUGUUUCUCCAAAGCAACGUUACUGUACCGCUAUUGCUCAGCUUCCAGCUAGUGAGCCCUGAACUCCGCACGAACCCCAGUACUAAACACCGUAGAGCGACAUGGCCCGCCCAAGAGGUCGACGACUAAACAGGGCACCCUCCCAGAAGGUGUCCCGCAAGCAGAAGAACCCUUACGAUAUUUCUUUCGCCGGUGUACACCCGCUUGUCCGCAAAACGUGGGACAAAAAGCUGACCUUGAAGCAGAACUACGAACGCAUGGGACUCGUGUCGGCGCUCAACGGAGCAGCUGGAGGAACCGAACACGCUGCGGCGGAUAGAGCGAUAGAGCUGGCGGCGAUCGAGGCACGGAAGGCGGAGGUCGAAUGGAGGGUAAUAGACGCCUCCGCGCCGUCAGUAACUACCCUGUUAGCAACGGAAAUCGCCGACGACGACGAGGACAGUGAGGAGGACGAAGAUUACGACGUUGAAGUUGACGGCCCGGUGCAGAUAGACCACAGAGCGAAGCGGAUUGGGCGAAAGAUUGGGCUGAAAUCUAUAACAGCAGAUGCCCCCGUGGCGCCGAAAACUGCUGUCAUUGAAGCUAUGGAGGCGCAAGCACGGGAUAUUGUGAAGCUCGUGAGGCACGCUUCUGAGCAAGAGGGGAAGGUGUUUGGGGACCUGAUGAGGAAGCAUGGCAGAAAUUACGAGGCAAUGGCGAUGGACAUCAAACUCAACCGAUUCCAAUUGUCUGCUGGUCAACUGCGGAAGAGGAUUGAAAGGCUUAUUGCAGCAUGAUAGAUCGGUUUCCCCGCAUUCCCCUUAAUCCAAAUCGUGCAUAGCCCAUUCCUGCUUGCCAUUCGUCUCGUAGCUGUUUCGAUCAUGUAGCAUACGUUUUGUUUUGAGAAAGUAAUUUAUUCCCUGGCUCGUUCUUAAAUAGGAAUCGCAGCAGCAGUACGACACAUUGGGAAUACUCUAUGGCCUGUAAUGUGAUCGUCGAUAAAGGUUUCCAAGAAAUGAAGCAUCUCCUUCCAUAGGAUUCUUUCAAGAUUCAGGUCCCCCUUUCUUUCCUUAAAACCUCGUCAUGCGCAAAAUCACCAGAUGCCUGUCCUUCAUCUAAAUCACUGUCCGAGGCACUGCUCCCAUUCCCACUGUCCUGGUCUUCA